AUGAUGAGGCAUAACAGCGCCAUCUUAGCGACGGUUUUUCUCUUAGCCACAUAUGCCAUGCCCGCCAAUUCGCUUUUCGAGAAGACGAGGGUGAUGGUGCAGAAUGACUUGCAGGGAGGACAAGAAAUGAAGGUUCAUUGCAAGUCGAAAGACGACGACAUCGGGGUGCAUUUUCUGAAGCACCACGAGCGCAUCUCGUGGAAGUUCCGGCCGAGCUUCUGGGGGAACACUCUCUUCUUCUGCUAUUUCAACUGGGGACAGGGAUUUAAGCAUACUGACGUCUAUCAUCAGUAUAGGGACGAAGAUGCUUUUACGGGCUGCCACCAUUUCUGUCAUUGGCUCGUCAGGGAGACUGGGCCGUGUUUGAUCAUGAAAAAUGGGUUGAACUGUUAUAGAUGGACGGAAGACAUGUUGUCGCCUGCUUUCGUUGGCGAACGUCUGUGA